GCCGGCAUCACACAGCCAGCCUGAGACGGUGAAGUCAGCAGCCUCCCCGGGGACGCCCAGGGCUGCGGUACCGUCUCCUCCAUCAGACUGGGCCUCCACCCGGCUCCUCCCACAGCCCCAGGCGGGCCCCUGAGUAGGGGCUUUCAGCUUGUGUGGAGGUUCCCCAGGGACACCACCCCGAUCCAGCCUCCAUGGAGGCUCUUGCCGGCCACUGGGAGGGGCCAUUGCACCCCAGGCAGCCCCUGCCAGGCCCUGAGGCCUGUCCCGGCUUUGCCCCAUUCGAGCAGGGCCCUGGGGGAGGCAGGACGGGGCCACACUGGGAAGUGAGAGGCCUCUGAGUCCCGCGCAGAGCAAGUCUCCGUCCCCAGCCCCCAAAGCAGCUGCCCUGGUGGGUGAGUCUGGCCGGUGCGGAGACUUCCCAGGAGCGAGGGAGGGAGCGCAGCGCCUCCGUCACAGGGAAGCGUCCCCGCGGGAGGCUCUGGCCCUGAUUGGGCGCCGGGGCGGAGCGGCCUUUGCUCUUUGCGUGGUCGCGGGGGUAUAACAGCGGCGCGCGUGGCUCGCAGACCCAGGGAGACGGGCGGACGGGCGGGCGGGCGGGCGCACAGCCGGCGCGGACGCCCCACAGCCCCGCCCGGACCCGAGGCCAGGCGAGGGGCUGCCAGUGUCCCGGGACCCACCGCGCCCGCCCCAGCCCCAGGUCCCCGCGCUGACCCCAUGGCGGCGGACGCAGCCCUGCGCCAGCUUCUGAGGCUGCACCGCACGGAGAUCGCGGUGGCCGUGGACAGCGCCUUCCCACUGCUGCACGCGCUGGCCGACCACGACGUGGUCCCCGAGGACAAGUUCCAGGAGACCCUUCGUCUGAAGGAAAAGGAGGGCUGCCCCCAGGCCUUCCACGCCCUCCUGUCCUGGCUGCUGACCCAGGACUCCACAGUCAUCCUGGACUUCUGGAGGGUUCUGUUCAAGGACUACAACCUGGAGCGCUAUGGCCGGCUGCAGCCCAUCCUGGACAGCUUCCCCAAAGAUGUGGACCUCAGCCAAUCCCGGAAGGGGAGGAAGCUCCCGACCAUCCCCAAGGCUUUGGUACUACCACCCAGACACCCCACCAAGAGGAAGGCCUCAGAAGAACCUCGAGCUGCUGCACCAGCAGCCCUGACUCCAAGGGGCACCUCCAGCCCAGGCUCUCAACUGAAGGCCAAGCCCUCCAAGAAGGCGGAGAGCAGCGCAGAGCAGCAGCGUCUUCCACUUGGGAACGGGAUUCAGACCAUGUCAGCUUCAGUCCAGAGAGCUGUGGCCAUGUCCUCUGGGGACGUCCCGGGAGCCCGAGGAGCCGUGGAGGGGAUUCUCAUCCAGCAGGUGUUUGAGUCAGGGGGCUCCAAGAAGUGCAUCCAGGUCGGGGGGGAGUUCUACACUCCUAGCAAGUUCGAAGACCCCAGUGGUGGGAAGAACAAGGCCCGCAGCGGCGGUGGCCUGAAGCCUCUGGUUCGAGCCAAGGGAGCCCAGGGCGCUGCCCCCGGUGGAGGUGAGGCUAGGCUGGGCCAGCAGAGCAGGGCUCCCGCCCCUCCAGCCCUCCCCAGUGACCCCCAGCUCCACCAGGGAUGGCCCCGAGGGGUGUCCGUUAGAGACCAGAUGGAUGGGGAACAGGUGGUCAGGGUGGAAUUUCAGGCCCUGGCAGCAUGGGAGCAGGGCAGAGACCCGGGAGUUCAGAAGAACGAGGAUGAGUGUGCUGUGUGCCGGGACGGCGGGGAGCUCAUCUGCUGUGAUGGCUGCCCUCGGGCCUUCCACCUGGCCUGCCUGUCCCCUCCACUCCGGGAGAUCCCCAGUGGGACCUGGAGGUGCUCCGGCUGCCUGCAGGUGACAGUCCAGGAGACGCAGCCCCGGGCAGAGGAGCCCCGGCCCCAGGAGCCACCCGUGGAGACCCCGGUGCCCACGGCCCCCCUGAUGCUGACCCUUGGGUUCCAGCUCCCUCCGGGGCUUAGGUCGGCGGGAGAGGAGGUGAGAGGUCCACCUGGGGAGCCCCUAACUGGCAUGGACACGGCUCUUGUGUACAAGCACCCGCCGGCCCCGCCUUCUGCAGCCCCCCUGCCAGGGCUGGACUCCUCGGCCCUGCACCCCCUACUGUGUGUGGGUCCUGAGGGGCAGCAGAGUCCAGCUCCUGGCGCACAGUGCGGGGUGUGCGGAGAUGGUACGGAUGUGCUGCGGUGUGCUCACUGGCGCUGCCACUUCCCAGCGGGCACCUCCCGGCCUGGGACGGGCCUGCGCUGCAGAUCCUGCUCAGGAGACAUGACCCCGGCCCCUGUGGAGGGGGUGCUGGCCCCCAGCCCCACCCACCUGGCGCCCGGGCCUGCCAAGGAUGACACUGCCAGUCACGAGCCCACUCUGCACAGGGAGGACCUGGAGUCCCUUCUGAGCGAGCACACCUUUGACGGCAUCCUGCAGUGGGCCAUCCAGAGCAUGGCCCGCCCGCUGGCCGAGGCGGCCCCCUCCCCCUCCUGACCCUGGACGGCCGGGACACGCAGCUCUGAUGGGAGGGCGCCGAGAAAGACACCUCCCCCCUCAGCCCUGGAAGCCGGCCGGCUGGGACCCAGAAGGGGACAGUGCCACGUCUUGUCAGUCCUCGGCUGUAAACACAGCCCUGUGUUUGUGGGGACACCAGCCAUCAUGUGCCUGGAAAUUAAAACCUGUGGUUUCGA